AAACAGCCACCACUUUGACAGCAGCAGAUAGGCAGCGAUACAAUUGGAACCUGCAGCGAAGACUUGCACAUUGUUGUGUUAUUUUCGUGCGAAACAAUCGAGUUAUUGGCGCGUGCCGUGUUUCACCACAAUCCCCCCCUGCUACAAAGAUGCAUCGUUCUAAGACCGCACUAAACCUGCUGCAACGGUUGGACCGGCUGCGGACGGCUUCCAGCGGAUCGCUCAUUACAAGACAAAUGCAGAUGGUCAGCACAGCACAAGCAGCCCACAGUCGGUUGCUUUGGCACCAGGCACCGGUGCGCCACUUUUCCACAGAGAAGGACACAGCACGUGUCGAGGAACCGACCGAGAACGAAAAGAAGCUAACCGUAGAGGUGGAGGAGUUGCGCAAAGAAGCGGCCGAGCUAACAGAGAAGGUCAAAUCCCUGGAUGAUAAAUACAAACGUGCACUGGCGGAAAGUGAAAACAUCCGAAGACGACUCACGAAACAGAUUGACGAUGCGAAGCUGUUCGGCAUUCAGGGCUUCUGUAAGGAUCUGCUGGAGGUGGCGGACAUUCUGGGCCACGCGACGGAAGCCGUGCCGAAGGAUGAGAUUUCCGAUAAGAAUCCUCACUUGAAAAAUCUGUUCGAGGGACUUUCCAUGACGCGGCAGCAGCUGAACAGCGUGUUCAAGCGGCACGGGCUCGAAACGGUCAACCCGAUGAACGAGAAGUUUAACCCGAACCUGCACGAAGCCCUGUUCCAGCAGGAGGUGGCGAACGUCGAGCCGAACACGGUGGUGGUGGUCAGCAAGAUCGGCUACAAGCUGCACGACCGCUGCAUACGUCCCGCGCUUGUCGGCGUAACGAAGGGUUAAGGAGAAGCACACAGGAUACUACAAAGAGGGCACACACAGAAGAGCGAAAGGGGGGAUGAAGAAGCAUGUUUAGCUGGUCCUUUCCCAAGGGACACAAGCAAAAAGAAUUCCACAAAUAAAAAGAAUCCGUAGGACCGUUGGUGUGUUUUGAGCGGUACAACCGA